AUGUCGUCCGCCGAGGCCCAGAUCAAGAAGACGCUGGAGGCGUAUCGCGACGCCCUAGUCGCCUCUGAUGCCACAGGCUGCUCCUCCCUGUAUGUCAGCGACGGCGUCGUCAUGGCUCAAGGCUUUCCAUCCCAGCUCGACGUCGAAUUCAGCUUCCACGAAAUUGUCAUCGUGUCGGACAAGUACGGCUUCGCUCGCACUUCGUCCGUUGGUACCCAGAGGGUGCUAGGGACUGGGAAAGUGAGCAACGAGGGGAACCAGGAGUUGUUUGUCAUGGAGAAGCAGGGCGACGAUUGGAAGAUUGGCAGAUAUUGCUUCUCAACAACGAAAGGCCCAGCGUGA